AUGGAGAUUAGAAAAGAUGAUGAUGGAGAUGAUACACUAAGACUCUACCAAGCAUCAGUGGAAGGAUCGAUUUCAUCACUAAACACAUUGAUCCAAAAUGAUCCACUACUUCUCAGAAGAGUUUCUCUGACUACCUUGAGUGAAACCCCAUUGCAUGUUUCAGCUUUGCUUGGCCACCUUGAAUUUUCCAAAAUUAUCCUCACUCAUAAUCCAAGACUUGCCAAGGAGUUGGACUCCUCAAGGCGCUCACCCCUGCACUUGGCUUCGGCAGAAGGACACAAGGAGCUCGUACAAGUUUUGUUGUUUGCAUUUCCUGAUGCAUGCUUGUUUCCUGAUCAGGAGGGGAGAAUCCCUCUGCACUAUGCCGCCAUGAGAGGACGAGUUGAGGUGGUCAAGGAGCUGAUCCGUGCAAAACCUCAGUCUAUUACUCUUGAGGUUCUGGGUAGAUCAGGAGAAACAAGUUUGCAUUUAUGUGUUAAACAUAACCAUCUGGACUGCUUGAAAAUUCUAGUGAAAGAAGUGGGAGGGAAUAGCGACUUUCUCAACUCAGGAACUGGCUCUAAUGCUAGCAUGACAAUCCUGCGGUUAGCUAUGAUGCUAAGGCAAAUUGAGACCAUAACAUACCUGGUUUCACUACCUGCUAUAAGCAAGAAUCUUGUAAACAAUGUGGUCUUGGACUCCUUAGAAUAUGGUCCCGGAGACUUUAGAAGCCUAGAAAUUCAACAGAUUUUGAUGGAUGCAUGUAUCAAUAAAAACGAAAAAGGUAAGUACCAGCAACAAGUAUUCUCAACAACACCACCUCUACCGCCACCAUCACAAUCCACUAUAGUCGGAGAGAGAACAAACAAAACAGGACUCCCACGGUUGUGGAUGAAAUUAAUGCAACGGUUGAAUUACGACAAGGGUGAUCAUUGGUUGGAUGAGAUGCGCGGCAUGUUGAUGGUUGUCGCCACCAUGAUAUCAACCAUGACUUUCCAAGUAGCCAUUAACCCACCAGGUGGUGUUUGGCAAAAGUAUGAAGAACGAUUUACCAUUGGAAAAUUCGAGUACUGUACUAAAGAACUUUGCUAUCCUGGAACUGCAGUGUUGGGCUAUGUAUGGGAAGAGCUAAUGCGGGAAUUCAUUAAGUGCAACACCAUCUCUUUCGUUGCUUUUCUUGGUGUUACCAUUCUUCUUAUCAGCGGAUUUCCUCUGACAAACCGGAUAUGUAUAUGGUUCUUAUCAAUGGCUAUGUGCAUCGCUAUCACAUUUGCGGGUCUUACUUACAUAACUGGUGUUUUCAUGGUGAUGCCAGAUUGUGUUGCGUUUUGGGUUGAUACUGAGUACAGAAAAUCAGUAUCUCUUGUUUGGAUUGUAUUGCUUGCUAUGGUUGGUGCAUUCCAUACUUUUCGUUUUCUCACUUGGCUUGUGAACAAGGUGAACUCCAAGUUCAGAGGUAAGAGCAGGGCAAAUAAUGGUAUGUCCAUAGUGGAUGGGUAG